CCAUCACGUCCCAUCUCAACCAUGAGCUCUCUGUCCGUUUCCCACAUCCACAAACAAGUCUAAUCUGAGGCCACCUCGUUGUUUGUAUUUCCUUCCUUCCCAAAAUCCCUAGCGGUUCUUCUUUUCACCACGGGCUGUGCCUGACCUUAACAAGACUAUCUUUUAUCUUCUUUCUCCAAACAAGGUCGUUGUACCCUCUUCUUCCUCUCACUCCUUCAAGAUGUUCUUCAGCUACACUGCCGUCGUUCUCGCCGCCCUGGCCGGUGUCAACGCCCACUCUACCUUCCUGGGUCUCACCGGCAUUGCUGGUUCGCCCAAGAGCGUUGCUUUCAAGGUUAUCCCCGACCUUGCCCGCAACUGCACCACCCCCAGCCCCUGCCAGCAGGAUGCCACCAUCAUCCGCCAGGGAGAGAUCUCGGCCAAGAUCGUCGACGUCUGCGGUAGGACUGAGCUGGCCGGCAGCAUCGACAUCAAGGCCGAGACCGAGAAGGCCAUCAAGGCCGGCGCCCUUGCCAAGGUGACUGGCGGCACCACCGUCACCAUGGAGGUCCACCAGGUCAACGCCGACGGCGCCGGCCCCUACAUCUGCGACGUUGACGCGACCGGCAACGGCCAGUUCGUCCCGAUGACCGUCACCGACAACAUCCCCGGCGCCAACGGUCUGUCGACCGCCAAGACCGAGCAGUUCCAGAUGAAGGCCACCCUGCCCGACGACAUCGAGUGCACCAAUGGCUCCACUCGCGACAUCUGCAUCAUCCGCUGCCGCAACACCGCUCAGGCCGGCCCCUUCGGUGGCUGCAUCCCCGUCCAGCAGCAGGCCGCUGGUGCCGGUGCCGGUGCCGGUGCCGGUGCUGGUGCUGGCGGUGCCGGUGCUGGUGCUGGCGGUGCCGGCGGUGCUGGUCGUGCCGCCCCCAACAAGGGCGGUCGCACCAACAACCGCAACAACGCCGCCAGGCAAUAAGUGCGUAAUCACAUCGCCCACGGUUGCCAGCAGUCGCGAGCAGGUGGUCUGUGAGGCCAUUAGCGAGCCCGAGCCUAACGGCUUUGGGCUUCCGACGGGCUCGGCAAGAUUCUGUUGUUUUUGUUGCCCAGGACUUCUCGAGGAACCCCGAUGUUGUUUUGAACCACGCCGGAAAGAAGAGUUUGUAACGCUCAGCUACUUUUGUUACUUGUAAAUAUACCUUUCUUUUUGCCUGGGCAAAGAGGAUGGAGUCCAUUUGGUAGCUUGAUUUCACUUUGUUUGGAGCAAUGAAGUUUUUGCUUGUUCACCUG